GUUGCGAUCUACGAGCGAUCCGCGCCACGAUUUCGAAUAAUAAUCCAAAGGAGAACAAUAAGUCAGCGAAUCAAAGGGGUGAUCCAGAACCCUUGUGUGAUCGUCUUACAAAGGAAGAAGGGAAUCGUCCAUCCUAUGUGUAGAAAGUCAUCAUUUUGUUGCAGGAAUUCCACGUCUGCAAUAUUCGAGACAAUUAUGACAUCCACGUCUCUGGCAAUGAUCCGCAACCCGCAAAUCCGCGUACGAUUUCACGAAAAUCGCGUCGUUCUCCACUGAUCAUCUACGUGCGAAACAAUUGAUAAGAGGGAAACCGGUGAUAUAAACGGUGAUAAUAUUUCAAUCAACCCACCAAUAAAUUUCAUCAUGCGGACCCUCGGCGUGUCAAUCGACGAGUGACAUCUCCUCCUGGUGGUAAAAGUGGUAUUUUUUUUAUUCGAUACGAGCGCGGCAAACGUGUUCGACGACAAUAACACGAGGAGGAAUGAUCGUGAUUUAAAAAUCGUGGCCGAUCGAAUCGCGCAGAUCGAACGAUGCAAUUGGACAAAAUGGACGAGGCGCAGUUCGUUGAAGUGAGAACGAAGAAGACUGGAUUCAGGUAUUCCGAGAGAUGGCGCAUCACGAGGAACGUGUUGGUGAUCGGGCUCGCGUUUAUGGUGAAUUUCACGGCGUUUAUGGGGGCGACCAAUUUGCAGAGCUCGAUUAACGCGGACGGAUCGUUGGGGACGUUCACGUUGGCCUCGAUUUAUGGCAGUUUGAUAUUCAGCAAUAUAUUUUUACCGACGUUGAUCAUAAGCUGGCUGGGUUGUAAAUGGACCAUAUCUCUGUCUAUCCUCGCUUACGUGCCCUUUAUGGCGGCUCAAUUCUACCCAAAAUUUUACACCAUGAUACCGGCCGGCCUGCUGGUCGGUAUUGGCGCUGCUCCACUUUGGUGCGCCAAAUGUACUUAUUUAACGGUCGUUGCGGAAGCGUAUGCCACUCUGUCGGAUGUGGCCACCGAGAUCCUCGUCACGAGGUUUUUCGGCCUGUUUUUCAUGUUUUACCAGAUGGCGCAAGUCUGGGGCAAUCUUAUAUCCUCGGCAGUUCUUUCAUAUGGAAUCGACGCAGCGCCAACGAAUAUCACGUUAAAUACUAGUGUUGUAGCGGAAGUGUGCGGUGCCAAAUUUUGCGGCGCAACUUCCGCCGAUAACGAUGGCUCGAACUUGGAACGACCAUCAGAGAAAAGGAUUUAUCUAAUUUCCGGCAUCUAUUUAUGCUGUAUGAUAAUGGCCUCGUUAAUUGUCGCAUUCGGAGUCGAUUCUCUCACUAGAUACAAUAAAAAUAGAACAGGCUCAGCAACAGGCAAGUCAGGAUUAAAACUGUUGGUUGUGACGUUGAAACUUUUGAAGGAAAAGAAUCAGAUUCUUAUACUUCCAAUAAUAAUGUUCAUCGGGGCGGAGCAAGCAUUUUUAUUUGCCGAUUAUAAUGCUUCGUUCGUUUCCUGUGCAUGGGGAAUUAAUAAUAUCGGUUAUGUGAUGAUCUGUUUCGGUGUGACGAACGCUAUAGCAGCAUUGGGCGCAGGAUCUAUAAUGAAACUGACAGGAAGAAGGCCUUUGAUGGCAUUCGCCUUCUUUGUUCACAUGGGAGUUUUAAUUUUUCUUCUUCACUGGAAACCCAUGCCUGAACAAAAUUUUAUAUUUUUCUUAAUAUCUGGAUUAUGGGGUCUUUGUGAUGCCAUGUGGCUUGUACAAAUAAACGCUCUGUCAGGGUUACUGUUCCCGGGCAAGGAAGAAGCUGCCUUCUCAAAUUUCCGGCUGUGGGAAUCUACAGGUUCUGUGAUCACGUACGUGUACAGUCCUUACCUGUGCACAGAGAUAAAGCUCUACAUCCUCAUAGGAAUCCUCUGUUUUGGAAUGAUCGGUUAUGGUAUGAUCGAAUGGUUCAAAAAAAUCAAUGAUCCAAUUCCAGAAUCAAAACCAGAUUUUGAGUUGGUUACAAACAACGAAAUUAAUGACACGACGAAACUUUGA